AUGUCAAAACCAGGUUUAUUACCAUCACUUCCAGGUUCAUCUACUGAUAACCCAACUUCAUUAUUACCUUCUUUAAAUCAAUCAACCAUUCCACCUCCAUCAGAGGAUCUUCCAGAUGAAACAACAAAUAACAAUGGGAGUAUGGAAGAUGGAGAUGAUGACGAUGAUUCUAAUGAUGGAGAGGAUUCAAUCAAAACAGAAGAAAAUGUAGCAGAAGUUCCAUGUCCUGAACUUGACGAAUUAACGUCAGGUAAUCCUUUUUCAAUUACAUCAACUGCUGCUCCAAAAAAAACUGGAGAAAGUCGUUCAUUAAAAGUUCUUAAACAAAUAAUUGAACCUUGUGAAGACCAAGAAGGUAAUUCAACGUUUGAGUUAGAAUUAGAAAAGAUUCAAAAUAAAACAAGAGAUAAUUUAACACUUUAUCCUCAAUUAAAAAAGGUAUAUAUGGAUAGUUAUGAAAUUUGUUUUGAUAGUAAAAAUGUUGCUAGUGUAAUGGAAUCUGUUGAUGAAAAUCUUCAUAUUUCAAAAUCAACACAACAUGUUAUGGGCGCUAUUUGUAAAGUAUUUCUAGCUGAAUUAGUUAGUGAAACUCAAAAAGUACGUGAUGAUGAUAAAAAUGGAAUGGGACCAUUAUUACCUCAAGAAGUUGCUGCUGCUUAUAGAAGACUUAUUGAAAGGGGAAGUGUUCCUGACAUUAACAAAGCUCCUUUCUUUUGUGAUAAUUAA